AUCAGAUAAAUUAAAUUCGAAAUGCAAAAGUUUGUCUUAUAAAAGUUAAAAUAAACUUGUUGUACUUUAUUUGAAAUCGAUGUCGUCUAGUGAAGUUAUGAUGAAGAAAUCACGACUGAAGAAAAUCAUGAUGAAGAAACCAUUUGCGAUAGUGCUUCGUUUGUUUCACUAAUAUGCAGUUCCUUAAGCACGCCUGUUUUCUUUGUCGCCAUGUUCGCGUGCGCUUUGAAACAAAUUACGCCGUUUAACGAUUCCCCGCAGGACUUUGCGGCGAAGAAAGAACACAUUAGCGUGUAUUGUAAUUAUAAUAAUGGCCAUAAUUCAACAAUAUAUAUUAAACACGUUUCACUUUAAUCGAUGUUUUUUAAAAUGUUUAUUAGCUAUGUUCCUUGUUUUUUUUCGCUUCUAUUGAACAUCACGCUGCGAACUUGUAGUUAUUUUCGUGAGCAACUUGAAAAGACCACGUUUAAUGCACCAGUACUAAGUACGUACGACGAAAACUAAUUCAAUUAUGGAAAUGUAUUGUCUUUUUAUAGAUUCUACUUGUCUUUUUUUUCAUAUUCUUUCAGAUCUGAUUACAUGGUUUAUUUUUGUUUUCAAUUUGUCGUUUGUAGAUUCUUUUCAUCGGCAGGUGCUCAUUUCGACCCGUGUUGCCUGAUUUAUCAGAUGCUUUUAAUACGCUAUAAAGAUCGACUGCUAUAUUUAACUUGUCUCAAAAUUAUUGUUGUUAUUGGAUCGCCAAUCGCAGACCCCACAACAUAUCUUAAGCCGUCAACUUGGCUCUGACUUUGUAUUCAACUUGUCUCAAAAUUAUUGUUGUUAUUGGAUCGCCAAUCGCAGACCCCACAACAUAUCUUAAGCCGUCAACUUGGCUCUGACUUUGUAUUCAACUUGUCUCAAAAUUAUUGUUGUUAUUGGAUCGCCAAUCGCAGACCCCACAACAUACUUAAGCCGUCAACUUGGCUCUGACUUUGAGACGCAGCUAUUGCAUAUCAAUGUUUGUCGUUUUGAUGGCAGUGGCAUCCGAAAGGUGAGCUAGAGGGGUGUAAAGCUUCCAAAAGGGCUAUAACAUUUUAUGCUUAACAUUUAUUUAAUUUUUCAAACGCCGACAACAUUAAUGAGAUGAUACCGAGGGAGGUCCCCCCCCCCCUUAACAACACGGCUGAUUAUUUGAUAAUUUAUGUACAUCGCUAGUUUCUUUUCUCAUGACAAUAUUUCCGUAAAAAAAAACAUUUGAAGGUACAUAAAAAAGUCCGAAAUGGUCUUAAAGGACGUAACGCCAAACGAAAAGAAACUUUCUUUGUUUUGAUUAGACGUUAUAAGGUAAAAUCUCUAUGCUGUCUCCAUUACGCAAUGAAUGUUUUAGGCCUUUUUCAUUGGUUCAUAAUAGUUCUGCAAAGUGCAAUGUCCACAUAGAUCUUCUCAGCGGGUUGUCGAUGACAACAGUACCUGUGCAUGCUGAUCUAAACUUCUGCAACACGUUGGUUUGUUUGCGCGUGUGUAGAUUUCUGCAUAAAUACAUAUUGAUCGUGGGCUAGAUUGAACGUGGAAGGUCGGCGGUCUUGACGGACAGAACUAAACUAAAAGAUAGUACAGUAAACUUUGUUAUUUCUUUGACUUUUUCUUGCUAUUUCAAAGUACUUCCAAGCUACAUUAAAGUCCAGUGCUACAGAAGGGACAAGUGAAGAAGUCAAACUUUGAGGGAACUUUCGUAACGCUUUUGUUUAUCUGCAUGGUUGACCGUGAUUCUAGAAGGCGCAGUCGUCGAUAAGAAAGACUAAAUGCGAAGUUACUGCAAAGGAGAUUUGGACUGCAUUAGUUUUUACUGCAAAACGCCCGAGCCAACAUUUUAAGUUUGAAUUGAAAGAGAGUCCUUGGUGCGCUAGACUUGAUAUUCAUCUAUUGUCGGGGACACGAUUUGAAUUCGUUGGAAACGUGGACUUGUGAGCUUUUCUUCUCUUGAGAGCAUUUCUUCAUAGCUGUUGACAUUAACGGUCUUCGAAAUUCACGCGGACACUGAAGGAGCGAAAUAAAGAGCCAGUCUUUGAAAAAUGAGUUCCCGUCAAGGCCACAUUCGUCGCCCCAUGAACAGUUUUAUGGUGUGGAGUCGGGAAAAGCGAUGCGAAAUUCUCAAAAGCAACCCAGGAAUGAGCAAUGCUGUGAUUAGUAAGAAACUGGGAAUGACUUGGAAAGGCAUGACAGCAGAGGAUAAAAAGCCGUAUAUAGAGGAAGCAAAGCGAUUGACAUGGAAACACAAACAAGAUCAUCCCGAUUAUAAGUACAGACCAAGACGACAUAGUAAGGGCAAGAAUAGAAACAAAUGUGAUGCUUCAAGCUUAAAAGAGACUGGAAUACAACUUCCAUCUGAAUGGAGUGAAUUUCAAAAUAAACCUGCACAUUGUACAAAGCAGCAACCCGUACUUCAUGUAUCAACGUUUCAACAUGAUUUACGACCGGUACCGUUUAUUCUACCAGAUAAAGAUACAGCACGAUUGUACCUCUCGUACCCGGGGCGUACAUCAUUUUCUCCUUUCGUCUACUCAGCUGCAGCUCCACUUAGCUCAUCUGUGGUCUGCGUGAAUGAUGUAAUAAGCUCUUAUGGCCAAAUUGCUUCAAUCAAACAGCCAGUAAUAUCGAUGACAUACAAGUCAUCUUUUUCUCCCACAUUGUUUUCGAAUCCUCUUGAUAGAAAGCAUUUUGUGUUAAAUGGCCAGGUUCGUUAAACUGUGUUUUCCAAUCGAUGUUGUUAUGUUUUGAAAGUAUUUUUACAGCAUCCAGCUCGGGGUCGUUGCUAUCGGUUGGCGUCGGGGGGAGGUAGAGGGAAUACAAAUUUUUCCAAAAAAUGGUCGUUGCUAUUGGGCCUUGUGCGAAAACUCUCAAGCGUAAAAAAGUUCCUCAUUUGAGUGAUAAAUGAACUUCUCAUUUAAAAACCUCGCACUGAUACUCAAGGAAAGGCAAUAAUCGUUUUUCACAUUAGUGUAUUGGUGUUUUUUUUGUUUGCUAAAAAUCAUCUUUUCUUACCGAAUUUUCUGAGGGUUAAGUUUUUAGGGACUAUAAAUGUAUAAUGACAGAUGAGAAAAAGCCUGGGGCAUAAAAAUUUUCUUUAGUAUGUCAGUUUUUCAUAAAAAUUCCACUGCUUUUAAACGAAAGUGUAUUAGAGUGUACUACAAUUGUAUCUACAUCGACUUUUAUUGCCAUGUGAAAUGUGCAUUGAAAGGUGUUAGAAAAUCUGUAUAUGUAUGACAGGACAAUGUAAACACUAUAGUGUUGGGAGUCACACUUUGAUUAAAGAGAGUACAUUGAUUUUUUGUGUACCAUUCUCACUAUGACAUAAGUGUAACGAAAUCAAGUACAUGGAUUUCUUAUUUACAAUCUUCACUAUGACAUAAGUGUAAAGAAAUCAAGAACAUUUAUUUCUUAUAUACCAUCUUCACUAUGAAACAAAUACAAGAAAAUUAAUUACUUUCAUUUUCUUAUGUAUCAUUUUCUUUUUGUAUGCAUGUAACAUCCUUAUUGACGUACAAUGUCAUUUCCACAUGAUAUGUACUUUAGAGUUCAUCCCAUAGACGGAUUUACUGUGGGUGCAAGGGAAUGCCACGCCCAAACAUCAGAUUUCACCAUCCUAAAUAUAUUGUUUACCCCUCUAAGAAUCAUUUCACACACCCCAAAAUUUUUAUCAAAACAAUUCAGGUACAGUUUAACUGAGUUUUUCAGGGCAAUAUUUCAACUAUCUACACAACUUUCGAUGGCUGCACUACCAGACUGCCCUGAAUUCCGGAUCCUUACAUUGUCUUACGUCACUUCAUUACCAGCUCAACCCCCUCCCCUAAAGUUUUUAGCACCACCCUUGUAAAAAAUAUGAAAAUCCGUCUAUGGUUUAUUCGUUAAUUCAACUUUUUUUUCUGUAAAUAUGAGUUAUUAAUGCAUGGAAAUGCAAAUUGCAUGAAUUUUUGGAUUUUUUCUGAAGUUUUAUGCGAAUGCAUGUAAAUUAACGUAGUUUUGUUUUAUUGACGUGUUUUACUUGGGGCGGCAUAUUACAUGUGUAACACAUACAUUUUUAUUUUACUGUACUAUUGUAUCAAUGAGAGAAGACUUUUCAAUAAAAGACAUGCUUGCAGUUUUAUUUUCAA